AUGCUCGUUCACAAACAUCUCCAAACCUUUCAGCUCGACUCUUUCUUGAAGACAGCAGCGUUGGACAACAGCAUCCCCUUUGAAAGCAAGAAGAACAAAGCCUUUUUCAGAGGAUCGACAACAGGGGGUGUUUACACGCUCAACAACUGGAGGGAUUUCCCCAGGAGCAAGAUCGUGCAGGCCUCCUUGGAUCACCCGGAACUUAUUGAUGCUCGCUUCACAAACAUCGUUCAGACAGACUCCGACCAGGUUGCAAGAGUCAUGGAGAAGGAAGGGUUUCUAUCGAGAGGACGAGUCUCGCACUCUGAACAGUGGCAGUACAAGCUAGUCGUCGUGCCGGAUGGUAACUCGGUUCCUGACCGCCUGCUUGACUUCCUUGCCAGCAACGUGGUAGUCUUGAAGCAAGAAUCCACAAGCGAAGAGUUCUGGUACAGGGAUCUGCAGCCGUACCAUCACUUCAUUCCCUUCAAGCGAGAUGUUUCCAACCUUAUCCACGUCAUCAGAUCGUCUCUGAAGAAUGAGAGUCUCUUGCGACAUGUCGCGCAGGCUUCCACACUGUAUGUGCUCGAACAUCUCAACUCAGACUCCAUGAAAUGCUAUCUGGUGCACCUGCUUCAUGCGUACGCUCAGGUGUAUAGUGGAAAAUCGUAG